UACCGUCUACUUAUUUUUCUGGUGUAACUGUGGCAGUGAAUUAUAAUUAUUCGUGAUUGUGCAUCGUAACGUUUUACAAGAUUGAACAUCGCUGCAUAUAUAAUCGUCGUUGAUAGAGGAAUUCAACAGCGAUGGCGAAGUUAGUGAAUGUUUGGCGGGACGAUGACCCGGUCGAUUUGAAGCGAAGAGAAAUGCCGUUGAUUAUCGAUGAGAAACAUACGAUGAUUAUGGAUAUACAUGAUUUGGGAGCAAUCUGUGAUAGUCCAUUAGUUUGUGGCAAAGAACUUGAUGAAUUUACCAGAAAACUUAAUAUGCUUACAAAAGAAGAAAUUAAAGCUUCAUUUGAAGUAACAUGCAAGGAUAUGCUUGCAAUUUUAGGCCAAGCUGUACCAUGUGUUGGUUGUAGAAGAAGUGUUGAAAGAUUAUUCUAUGACCUUAUGAAAUCAGGACAUCCAGCAUUAGAUCCUUUGGUGAUUACACCUGAAGGUUUAUUAUCAAUAAAGGAUGAUGUUUUAGAAUCACCACAGUUACUUUGUACAAUGUUACAAGGGCAUAGUGCUAGGUUAAACAGUUUAGUUGAAGGGCAGCCAAGAAAUAAAAAGUCACGAAGAUGUGUAUUACACUCUUUAGAAAUUCAACGUAUGAGACCUCCCCCAAGUGCAUGGAAAGAAGUAUGGGACUGUAUGAAUCCUUCAUGUCGUCUAGAACUUGCUUUGAUAGAAAGUGAUGCCCUUGAGGCCACUUUAGAUACAUAUUUACGUAAACAUCGGUUCUGUGGUGAAUGCCGUACAAAGGUAUUGUUGGCAUUUUCUCUGUUAACAACAGAACCUGAACCAGAAAAACAAAAAGGCUAUGUGCCCUCUUUAUAUGCUGGGAUCAGACGAUGCAUACAUGAUAGGCAUGUACAUAUACCUACAAAUCCAUAUUCUAUGGGUAAUCUUAUGAGACGUACUCAGCCAGAACUCAUGGGAAGGGAACGACAUGCGAAAACGUUAGAAAUUGCUCAGGAAGAGGUACUUACAUGUUUAGCAAUGUGUGUUGCAGAACGUUUGCAUAGAGUUCAUAGACGUUUAAAAGAAGAGGAAACUGUAUGUAAAGUAUUAGCUGCUGUAGCAGUAGAUGCAUUAUCCAGGAAUUUUCAAAUGGCUGUAGAAGUUAAGCAAGGUAUUUCUCAAUUAGAAUUGCUUUAUGAGGAGUUAACGAGAGAAGAAAUAGCAAAACAACAGCGACGAGAAAAGUUACGUUUGAAACGUAAAAAGAAGAAAGAACGUCGAUAUGAGACGGAAGAAAAAGAAAAUACAUGUGAUUGUUCGAGCAAAAGACAAAGUGGCAACAGUAAUACACCUUGUGUUUGUGCGGAUUCAAAGCCCACAACACAAAAUAUAGAUCAACAUAAGAAAAAAUCAAAAUCUAGUGUAUCACAAUCAGAAAGUCAAACUCAAUUAGCAUUCCCCCCAAAAUCGUCAAAUAUGCAAAAAAAUACUAUUAAAAAGGGUUUUUCUGAAACAAAGUCAAAAAUUGUUAUAAAUCAGACAAAAAAGAGUAGUACACCUGUUAAGAAUCUUUCUGAAGAAGAAUUAUUCGAUACAUGUGAAUUGUGUAAGGAUUUUUCUGAGAAGAUUGAAAAUAAUCACUGGCAUACUCUAGAAGACUGUAAAGAUCCAAUGACUAAAGAAAUAGUAGAUGCUUGGAUUGGAAAACCAAGUAAAAGAUGCACCAUGUGGAUAGAAAUGAAAAAACGAUUUGAAUUGUCAAUCUCAGAGAGAAAAAGCCGUUCCUUAAGUGAACAAUCGUCACAAGAUUGUGGUUAUUCUUCAGAACAUAAUAUUAGCAGUUCUUCUCUUCCUAGUACACCGGAAGGAUCAGAAGUAGCUUGUAAUGAUGGAUGUUGUAACCAUGAGAAAUAUUUGCAGGACAUGCGAUUGACACGACCAUCUGAUAAACUUGUUCAUUCCAGUUCUAGUAUCUCUUUCUUAAAGGAAAGAGGUGGAGGUUUAACACUUACUCAAAUGUUAGAAGAUUCUUAUUUAUCAAGCGACGAAGAGAAAGAAAGUUAUAUUCCAGCAGAGGAAGUAUUGGAAUUUAAAUCUCGAAUGUGCCAAGUUCUUGAAGAACGACAAGAACUUCGUCAGACACUUAGAAAACGUUUUGCUAUUUUAUGCAGCCAUCACAAGCCCUUUACCAUUCCUAAUUAAGAAUUCCUACUAGGUACAGUUACUUAAUAGGAUACAAUCUUUCUUUUUUACAUUGAUUUACUGCCAAUAGAAAAACAUGCGUGCAAUAGAUGUAUUUCGGAUAACUGUUGUCAUUGGAUGUCAACCUUCCUAUGUGAAUAAAAUAU